AUGCACCUUUUACGAGUGGUCUCGCAAUCCCCAUCAUGCCAAAUUCUUUCGAAUCUUCUCCAUUAUUUCUGUGCUCACUGUACUCGUAGUCGUCGUCGUGCUCGGUAA